AUGCGUUCCAAGUUCAAGGACGAGCACCCGUUCGAGAAGCGCAAGGCCGAGGCGGAGCGCAUUCGCCAGAAGUACAACGACCGCAUUCCCGUCAUCUGCGAGAAGGUCGAGAAGUCGGACAUCGCGACCAUCGACAAGAAGAAGUACCUGGUACCCGCCGACCUGACCGUCGGACAGUUCGUCUACGUGAUCCGUAAGCGCAUCAAGCUGUCACCUGAGAAGGCCAUCUUCAUCUUCGUUGAUGAGGUUCUGCCGCCUACCGCCGCUCUCAUGAGCUCGAUAUAUGAGGAGCACAAGGAUGAGGAUGGCUUCCUGUACAUUACGUACUCCGGCGAGAACACAUUCGGCGAGGCCAUCUAG